GUUUUCAUAUACGCUGGAGAGUUGAAAAUAUAAGCAAACUGAUAUUUGUAUUGAUGCUUAUUCAAUAUUUGAUUAUUGACGCAUCAGACACUUAAAAGACCAGUCGCUAUGACGGGAGAGUCUCGGAGAAACUGUUGGUCAAUACUGGCCAUUUUGUUACUUCAUCAUUUGUUGACUUAUUCUGAGUCUGUCAAUGUGACAGACCAAAGGAUCAAACACGUUCCGUUUUUGACCAAUUUAAAAGCUUCCGUCAAGUGCGCCUGUAGACAUCCACAGCCCAGAUUCAUUCACAUCGAUGACCUGGAGGAGUACCGCAUUCCCAAUGCCAUAUUCCUGCCUGCGGCUCUGCUGAUUCAUCGCUGCGAUCGUUCAGUCGGCUACUGUCACGCUCCCGCUCACGAGUGCGCCUCGGUCGAGAGUGAAGAACAAGUUGUCACUUUCCACGUCAAGAACCUCUUCACGCCGUCCAAGCCGCGGUUGACGUCGGUCACGUUGAGAAAUCACACCAGAUGUCGGUGCGUCAGCAUCAGGUCCCGAACGGCCGGCCCUUCAACGGGAUUGCCGUCCUCCUCUUUGAACGACAUUCCAGACGAGUGACGUGUCAUCCCAUGCAACUGCAGUGAAACUCUGAAAAAAAUCACGUACCUGAGACUCGAAAAAAAAAUAAAAACAUUUAAUGGC